AUGGACAUAAUUUGUUACCUAUUAGUUAUAGUUUUGUCCACCAUCCAGGCAUAUGAAACUUAUUCUCAAUGUUUGCGCGGGUGCAGCUGUGUAGAAGACCGCCAUGGAAGGUCGCUGGUAUGUAUGGAGGAGAGCGCGUUUGGGGCCAUACCAGAGAACCUUCCAGAUGAUAUGACCAAAAUACGAAUAGAAAAAUCUCACUUCACUGAAAUACCCAGAGGGGCGUUCUCAAAAACUCCCGCCUUGGAGAACUUGUGGUUGAACUUCAAUGAUAUCACAGUGAUAAACUCAAAGGGUCUGGAGGGUUUAGGGAACUUAACCGAGCUCCGUCUGCAAGGGAACAAGCUGCGUUCAGUACCAUGGACAGCGUUCGAGGACACGCCAGCCCUCAAGAUCCUGGACCUGAAGCACAACCAGCUGGACGUUCUGCCGGAGCAUGCGUUAAAAUUUUUGCCAGGUCUGACUUACUUAGACUUAUCCUUCAAUCGGCUUACGGUCAUAUCGAAGGAGGUCUUCCAAAACUGGCCCCUCUACCAAAAACUGCAGGGCAUGGAGGAGCAGGAGGCGACCGCUUUCGUGCCGAACGUCGUCCUCGCCCUCCACGACAACGCCUGGCUCUGCGACUGCCGCCUGAAGGGCUUCGUGGAGUUCAUCAGGUCCCUGAGGCCCCCGAUUUUACUGAUGAACUCUUACUUGACCUGCUCAGGGCCGGACUUUAGGGCAGGCAAGUUCUUCCACGAGGUAGAGCUGCAGGCGUGCAUGAAGCCCGUCGUCACCACCCAGUCCUCCAACAUCAGCCUGCCUCAAGGCGUAAACCUCACCCUGCGCUGCCUCGCCAAGGCCAGGCCAGACCCGGCGGUGAGGUGGACAUAUGGCCUGAAGAUAAUCAGAGGAUUUCAUGAGUCUCAGGAAAGAGUGGAUGAAGACACCAUCGGAUCCCUUCUGGUGAUCCCCUCCCUCCAUGCAGCUGACCGUGGUGCCUACACAUGCACUGCUGUCAACUUUAUCGGAAACUCCUCUGUCAGCAUCCUCCUGGACGUCCACUCUCCUGGCGGCUCCCAGUCAUCACUCCUCCCUGACAUCCCGGCUCCACCUGCUGCGGUUGAUGAAAACGUCUACAUUGACAUCCGCAUUGCCAAACAGACAGUACGCGGUAUCUCCAUUGAGUGGUAUGCCGCCUUGGACCGACCAGCUGAAACCUGGUUCACCGUCCACUUUGGCCGGGCAGGCUCUGAUAAAAAAGAAAUGACCUUCAUCGGCCCUGGGAUUCACUCUUACACCGUCUCUGAUCUGAUGCCUGCUACCAAAUAUGAAAUCUGUGUAACUCUCAAGAACCAGGCGCCGCAUCCCGGCCAGUGCAUUGUGUUUGUCACAGGAAGUGACAUUACUGAGAUGGAACAGAGGGAGAAGAUGAUUCACAUAGUGGUGAUAGUUUUAGCCAUGGUGCUGGCUGUGCCUAUAGGCAUGUAUGCCUGCACUACUGACACUAAGUUUGCCUGCCUGGAGGGUAUCAUGGAGUCCUGGAAGAACCGGCGGAGAGAAAGCAGCUCGUCAGGGAUGGAGCGAGAGAGGCAGGGCACUUUCGACAGCCUGCAGGCCGCCAGCGACGAGGACCUGGUUAAUAAAGAUUCCAGUGAAAACAGGAAGGUGAGGAGGAGGUCAGAUGACAGACUUCAGAAGCUCAAGGCUGAUCACAGCAGACUCACAGCUGAACUAUAUUAAAGUACUAUUUGUUAAAUCAACAACUGAAAACAUGAAACAGACCUUGUAAUAGACCAA